CCUUAGCCCAGGAGGCAUCAGGGAGGUGGUAGCUCUGCCAUGGGUGGCGCAGGGUGGUCAGAGGAGGCAUCCUCGAGGUCAUGAGUAAUCAGGAAGAGCUCAGAGGCACUCACCAUGUCUCAGGGGCAUAAGAAGCCCAGUUGUCUGCCAAAGGGAGGGUGUGGUGCUCCCUCCCCAGCCCUGGCCACUGUGAGACCAGGCCUGCCUGUUCCUACCCUUGUAUCACCAGCCUGACCCCCGGAGAGUACAGGGCUCCUGCUCAGAGCAGGCCCACCCCCAACCAGGAGCCCAGGUACCUCCCUCAACCUCCCCCCACCGCAGGACGGCCAGCACGCCCACCUCACAUAACUGGACCCGUGCUCUCCACUCCUGCCCCUCCCCAGGCACCUCUUCCAUGCUGCUUUCUGCCUCUGCACCUUUGCAUAUGCUCUUCCCCGUGCCCAGAAUGCCAUUCCCCAUACUUCCCCACCUGACAAAAGCCUACUUGUCCUGCCAGACCUGGCUCAAAUACCACCUCCUUUUGCAAGUUUCUCUGGCCCCUCCUCAACCAGCCCCCCAGGCAGGGUUGACCCCCAUUCCCUGUACUUCCUUAGCAUCGUACCCACACUGCCAUCAGUACCCCGACACAGGAUGGCUGUGUUGCAUCGGUGAAAGCAGGAGCUGCAUGUAGCUCUCCGAGAGUCGAGCUCACAGCCCAGAACAGGACCUGGCCCAGAAGAAGUACUCCGCAGGCAAGGGAAGGAACCACUUCAUUUCAUCCUCACAGCAAGAGCUGUGUUAGCCCAUUUUAAAGACUGGGAAGCUGGAGGACUUGUUGAAUGGCCUGAGUGCCCCCGAGCCUGCGCCUCGUACUUAGAGCCUAGGAGAGAUGCCCACAGGGGUUCCCUACAUUAAGGUUGAGAGGUCAACCUUGGCCUUGAGGAGAGAGACGGACCUAGGGGCAGGCUAGUCCAUCCUGAGUCUGUGGUGGAGCCACAGGGCCUGUGCCACAUGAGCAAGGCCCUGUCCCUGACAUCAGAGCAGGUGGGGUGACAGCAGGCCACAGCCAGGCCAAGUCUGGGGUCAAGCCUUUGCUUACCCAGCCCCUGCUCUGAUGACUCACAGCAGCCCUGCAGCCCUGUUACCGUGGAGACCCCUCUGUGGGGCUCCCGCCUCUCUGCCCACUUCUAUUCUCAGCUCUGGCUUUGGCACCUCCUUGGGGCCUCAGCAGGGAGCCUGGAGGUGCUGAUGCCCCUACACCACCACCUAGCCUUCAGGGGGUGCACAGGGGCUGCAAGAAGCCUUGGAAAGAAGCCAGGGAAGAGGGGACCUGAAAGCAGCAGAGCACCAACAAACACCACCCUACUGGCCCUGGGGACCCUCUGUCCUUCAGAUGCCCUCCCCCCGCUCCAGUGACUCAGCCCCUCCCGGGCUCCCUCCCACCGCUCUGGCCACUCUGGGGGCUCCUUCUCAGACUUCCUGGUGGAUGCCUAUUCUCUGAGGAGAGGAAUAUUAAGGUCCCUCAGAGCCCAACCCUGGGCCCUGGGUCCUCUCUCUGUACCCACCCCAUCUGUACCCAUGCCCAUCUCAUCCACCUGACAGCUCCAGGCACCACCCACCACCCUCACCCAGACGUCCCCGAGACACCGGCCCCUGAAGUCUCAGAGGCACCUCAGACCCAGGGGGUCCAAAACAGCCUUAAUCUUCCGCUUCUACUGCACAACCUCAGGAAAGUUGCUUAACCUCUGUGAGUCAUCUGUACAAUGGGUACACGGGGACCCACCCCAAAAAGUUAUUGUCAGGACUAAAUUAGCACAGUACCUGGCUUAUGAGUAAGUGCUCAGUAAAUGUUAACUACUUUCAUGAUCUCUCCCUACCACCCCGAGAAUACCUACUCCAGGGCCACUUCACUAAUGCUGCAACCUCCACACCUGCCAGCCACCGGCCUGGCACCUCCAAGGCAUUCUCCACAAGACAGCCAACAUGACUGAAUUGUGACUCCACUCAACACUACUCAGUGGCUCCCCACUGCCCUCAGGACAAAGUCGGUCCUCCUCUGUCUGCCCACAGGGCCCUUCUGUAGGCUGGUCAGGUGCAACAGGAGCCAACGAAUGUUUGAGAAUGAAUGAAGGAGUGAGUGAGUGAGACAGACAGAAAGACCGAGGAAGGAAGGGAGGAAGGGAGGAAGGGAGGAAGGGAGGAAGGGAGGAAGGGAGGAAGGGAGGAAGGGAGGAAGGGAGGAAGGGAAAUUCUCCUUCCAUAAGAUGGAAAUACCUUGAGCUUUAGGAGACAGCUCUGGUCCCCUUUCGCUUGCCUGGGCUUUAGAGCAAGUGGCUUUAUAUCCGAUUCGUCAUCUGAGGGAAGGGAGUAGCCACUUUCCCCCUCUCACAAAUUGUUGAGGGUGAAUGAGAUCGUGGGGCUAGAGCACAGAGGUGCUCAUGGAUGCCAAUUCCUCCUCCCCCCUCUCCCGGGCCUGUCAAAGUUGUUAACCUCGGAUUUGGGCUGAAUAAUGAACCGAAGUAUAUCUUAACUUGGGUAAAUAAGGGAAGAGGGAGAUUUGGGCCUCCCUGGACCAUUUGGGUCUGUGCUGAUGUUGAAGACUGGAAAGGAAAGGAGAUAAGAAAGGAAUUUGGGGAGUUCAAACAGGGUGUGUGUGUGGGGAGGGGGUUCUUUCCAGCUGUUCCUCAGGACCUCCACCCAGCUGGAUGUCUGGGAUUGACCUGGGUCAUCUCAGGAUUGGGGUCUGGGCUAGUGUCCGACAGGCACACGUAUAGCCGCUCGAACCACAGGACACGCUACACCUGCAGCCCCGCCGAGGACUGGCCUCCACCCUUGGACCUCAGCUCUGAUGGGGACGUGGAUGCCACGGUGCUCCGAGAGCUGUACCCAGAUUCUCCACCGGGUUACGAGGAGUGUGUGGGGCCGGGGGCCACUCAGCUGUACGUCCCCACAGACGCCCCACCCCCCUACUCGCUGACCGACUCCUGCCCUGCGCUGGACCGCGCCCUGGAUGCGGGCAGUGGCCGCAGCCCUGGCCAACACCAGCAGGCACAGAGACCGCAGGGCCAGAGUGACUUCCGCACCAUUUCCGUGGACACCCUGCCGCCUUAUGAGGCCGUGUGUGGGGCCAGUCCCCCCCCAUCGGGCCUGCUGCCACUGCCGAGACCAGAACCAGGGCCGAGGAGCUCCCAGGACUCGCCCACCCCAACCCGGGCCCCAGCCUCAGGCCCAGAGAGGAUUAUGUGAGGGACCCAGCGGCCGGUCCUGCCAGCCCCUCAGAGCUGGGCCACACCUUUCAGGCACGCAGGGGCGCGCACGCACACACACGCACGCACGCACACACACACACACAGAAGCGCACACAGAUGUGCACACAUGGCACUCCCACAUGUACACACAACUUGGACACACGCACACACUGAUGCACCCAUGUGCACAUACACAUCCAGACGCCCCACACGUGUGCAGACGUGCACACACAUAGCCCCCCACACACACACACACACAAUCCCAUCUGCGAAGGUUUCAUUAUAAAGGAAGCUCUCCCGACCUCCCAGUCUCCUCCCCAGCCUGUCAGUGAUGCCUCUGUAGCCAAUGCAGGGAGAAGAGAGGUGGAGAAGGGACCAGGGCUCGUCCCGCCCUCUCCACCGGCCUGUCUGCCCUGCCCGCACCAGGCAGGCUGUGCCCAAACGCUGAUUCUGCCUCCAAAAACUGCUCAACCGUCCCAGGUAGCUGCCUGCCCCGACCCCACCCCAGAGCAGCUGGCCCUCCCGGCUGGCAGGACAGGCCUCAGUGAGGCUCAGCUCCGCACUCUCCCCCUCUCCCAACCCCAGGGCAGAAGAGCCACAACGUCAACACCCUGCCACUUAUAGGGUAAGGGACCCGGGUCUGGGGGCUCAGGCACAACCUGGAGACCCUCGCAGCCCGCCUUGCCCAUCCCUCGCCCAGUGCCCUCAGUCUGGUGGUGCUAGCGGAAUCAUCUCCGAAGCCCCCACCCCAAGCCACGGGUGAUGGGCAGGGCCCUUGGUGGGCAUGCGGUGGUGGUAGUGGGUCACAGCUGUGCCCACGUCAGUCCAACCACUGCCCAGGACUGAGGGUCGUCAAAGAAGAUGGAGGGCUGCCGGGUACGGUUCUGAGGAGAGGAGCAGCCCCUCGCUAAGUACGUGCCCAGCCGACCACUACAGCCUAAGCUUGAGUGGGCUGGAGUCAGACCCCAGAAGCAGUGCUGUGCUCCUGGGCGGUGGCGCUUAGUGGGGAAUUGUGAGCCAACGCAUUCUGGUCCUGCCCUCCAUGGUGUUUGAGGAGACGAAAUGAAGGGGAUGUGGGCCCCACUAUGCCACUGCAAAAGCACCAGUGGCUACAUUUUGGCCUUGCUGCCAGGGGUACCACGGAAGGGGAUAUGUGGGCCUGGUGGUAGAGACUCAGAUCUUGGCCCCUGAAUCCCAGCAAUUUCCAUCAGAGACCAUGCAAGUAACAGAGCUAAUUCCUGAAGACCCAGCCUGCCAGAGGGCGGCAGCCCAGCAUCUGUGAAGAGUGUCCCUGCCGGCGUCACCAGCGGCAGAGAGUGCUCAAAUCCACCCUGCCUCCCUCCUCACCCCCUCCUUAAACAACAGCACCUCCAACCAUCCUCUCCCCCGCAUUUCAAUUCCUCCAACAAAGGGCUAAGACAAUUUAGUAAUCCCUUUCUGAAGAGAGGGGGCAAGGAAGGCAAUCGUGAAUUUUAUUUUCUGUAGAAAUAGAAUUUCUUCUGGUGCAGAACUGAAAGGAAUCCACCCAGAGGUUCUGUAGCAUCCUGGAGCCCCCGACUCCGCCCCAGGGAGGGACCUUGUUUACAAGCAGUUCUGUCCACCUUUGUGGUGUACUGUUUUCUAGGCAAAAAAUAUCUGUCUAUUGUACUGUAUAGCCUUUAAAAUGCACUCCAGGGAUGAGACUCUUUUAAGAAACGCAUCCUGCUUCUGCAACCCUAGAGAGUGCUGGCGGGGAGGGGGGUGGGCGCGGAAAAGAUAAAAAUCCCCACAUGCUCAUCAGUGUUUGAGGGAUGGAGCUGAACAGCUUUUCUUGUUCCUGGAUUAAGCGCUAAAUAAGCAACAAUGUAUCUUUUCUGUGUUCAAAAUAAAUAUAUCAGUAACAAA